UUUAUUAUCGUACGUUUUUCAUUAAAAAUUCUUUGUAAUUUGUAAUGUAAGGUGUUCAGGGACAGCUGUACUAUAAAAGCUAAAACUCUGUUAUACUUAAAUAGUAAGAAGUAAUAAACCUACAAUUUUUUUUUAAAUUUUGUAACUAUGCCAGUUGCUGAUGAAAUCCAGUCCUCAUGGGCUGAUGAGGUAGAGAUUGAUCAGGGAGCACUUCCACCACCAUCAGAAGUAGUCGAGAAUGGUUUAAAAAUUGUUACCGAAUAUAAGUAUGACAAUGAUAAUAAAAAAGUAAAAAUUGUCCGCACAUACAAGAUUGAAAAGCGUGUAGUGUCUAAGAGUAUUGCAAAACGUAAAACCUGGAAUAAAUUUGGUGAUUCGGCAAAUGAUAAGCCUGGCCCAAAUCCAGCUACUACAAAUGUUUCUGAAGAUGUUUUUAUGCAAUUUAUUACAAGCAAAGAAGAAGCACAGCGUCCAGAUGAAGGAGGUCUUGAAGCUCUUAAGGCAAGACCAAGUAAAGUUCUUGUUAAAUGUCGUACAUGUCAUGGUGAACAUUGGACAACAAGCUGUCCAUUCCAACAUACAGAGCUUGCUCAAGCUAAAGCUAAUGAAGCUGCUAAAGCUGCAGAAGCGAAAGCAGCCUCGUCCUCUAACAAAUAUGUUGCACCAAACUCACGAGAUGGCACUGUCCGUACUACCGGUCGGGAGCCUCCGAGUGCUAGACGUGAUGACUUGACAGCUAUCCGUAUCUCGAACCUUAGUAACUUCGCAAUUGAAGCCGAUCUGGAUGAUCUGGUUAAAGGAUUUGGACCAGUUCACAAGUUGUACCUUGCUAAGGAAAAGAGCACUGGCCAGUGUAAAGGAUUUGCUUAUGUGCAUUUCAAGUUUCGAGCGGAUGCUGCUAAAGCUAUUAAAACUUUGAAUGGAUAUGGUUAUGAUCACUUAAUUUUGAAUGUUGAGUGGUCCAAGCCACCUCAAAAUAACUGAUGAUUUGUACACAUAAAUCAACUUUGUCACACAUUACAGAUUUUUAAAUAAAUUGAGUUUAUCAAUGUA